AGAGGUAGCGUCGGUGCGCCGUGCGCUCUGGAGUCUCCAUAAAAGUUAGUGCGUGCAGAGCCGAGCUGUCAGACUGAGCAGAGAGCGAAGACUGGAGGGUUAGGAGAAGUGAUAGAUCAGGAUCGAUCCCACUUUUCACAAUUCAUCUGAUCAUUCAGAGCGUGUGCGUGUGCGUGUGCGUGUGUUCUGAUCCUCUGGGUGACUUUGACUCACCAGCAGGACGCAAUUAAAGCUUAAAUAUCCGCCGGAGUCUGACCGCGCUCCUGGUUUUUCUGGACUCUUAUCGGAAUAAUAAGAAUAAUUAUACUAAUAUUAAAGACAGUGGAGGUUUGGAUGCAGGAGAAUCCCGGCUGUGCGGCGGAUGAGGUGCCCACGCUGCCGCGUUACAAGAAGAAGAGUCGUGUCUGAAUCUGUUUGAUUUCAUCCGGAGGAGAAAAAGAAAAGAAAAACAUCCACCACUCCCGUUUUUUUUUUGUCCAGGACGCAAAUGUGUCCACAUCACAGACACAUCACUGGAUUGUAGCAGCAGCAACGCCGAUGCUUUGAAAGGGCGUUAAAGGUGCGGGAAGGGAGUGGGACAAUUACAGGAUGAGUGAGCGAUACACACAAAUCGGAAAUAAAGGGGCUCUACUUGUAAUGGUGCUCGUUAUCAGUGUCUGGGAGAUGACCGUACCAAUGGAAGCCACUACAGCAGCUCACCAUGUCCGAACAGGCACCUGCGAAGUGGUGGCGUUGCAUCGCUGCUGCAACAAGAACAAAAUCGAGGAGCGGUCACAAACUGUGAAGUGCUCCUGCUUUCCCGGGCAAGUGGCCGGCACCACCAGAGCAGCCCCGUCAUGUGUAGAUGCCUCAAUAGUGGAGCAGAAGUGGUGGUGUCAGAUGCAUCCGUGCCUUGACGGAGAGGAAUGCAAAGUUCUCCCUGAUCUGAAGGGCUGGAGCUGUGCUACGGGGAACAAGAUCAAAACUACUAAGAUUUCCGCGGACAGAGACCAGCUUUGGUAACGUCAGAUGCUACACAAUGGAGUCCAGGUGAACCAACAGUUCUGGUUGGACCAUCAAAGGAGAAGAGAGUAAUGCAAAGGACCUUUCUGUAAAUAGAGACUUCCUUUCUUCUGGAUUGCAAUUAAUCUUUGGAAAACUCUGAAUGCUUCUUCUUGAACUCUAUGGACAUCAAAAAGAGGAAUAGAUCCUAUUCAAAGUACUGAUCAAUCAGCACUUCUUUUUGAAGGACUCCAUAUGAUUAGCCCUACCGGAAAACAGGAUUUAUUCUCUGACAUUGUACUGCUUGUAGUGGAAGACAAUGGUGAACUUUGCCUAUAUGUUAAUUUCUAGAGUAUUUAUGUCAUUUACAGGGGAUUUUGCAUCACAAGUUGACCAGAGUGAACAGCAGGUCAGUUUAUUGUAAGCCUUGCAAAUAUUCAAUACAAACUGUGGUUUUGUUUUAUCAGUCAAUUGUGGCUUCUCUAACAAAGUGUAGUUUCAAAAGGAUCAGAUAUAGAUGGAAAUGUGUGGCUGAGCAGCAGAUAUCCAGGGUGAUUUUCAAAGAAAUACACAAUCAUCAAUGUGUCAUUCACAGCGAGUGCCAUAACACAAAGAGUAAUCAACCCAAAUUCAGUUUGAAACUCGCCAUAAACGCACUAUACAUUAGGUUAUUUGCGAUCGUAUUAGAUGCUCCAUUCAGAUCCAGAUUGUUGAGAAUUUAAGGACAGCUGAACUAAACCACUGCUAUAAACUGAUCAAACCUACCAGCUGUUAACAGACAGAAAGUUGGAUCCAGACGUUUUUUUUUUUUUUCCUCUGAAAAUCACCCUGCAACAUCCUGCCGCUUCUGCCAGACUGUUCUUGUGUCACAGCUCGGAUUCUAGACAACAGGAGUGUGAAUUAAACGUGCAGCAUCUGAUCACUGGUCGGGCGAUGACAAUGUUCCCAAAACUGUUUUCAAUUAGUAUGUAUGAUUUGCUGAUCACCUUUCAGUAGGUAUCGCUGACACUUCCUUUGUCUGUGUAAGUG